CCGCGUUUGUGAACCUCUGCUGUAGAUACUGAUCACAGCAUCCUCCAAUGCCUGCAAUCCACAAUGCUGCGAGACCCAUAUACUGCACACAAUGCACAUCCACACACACACACAGAGAGGUUACUGGCGUGCACUACCCUCAGACACGUGAAGCUGGCCGCAUCCCUGCAGCGGGAGGGGCAUCAGAGAGGCAGCAUCAUCCUGCGGGAAGUCCCACGAUCAGGGAGGCUAAAAAUACUGCCCUACCGCCGGCCGGCGGUGCGCCGUGUGGUCCCGCCUGCUGCUGCUCACUGCAGUGCCUGCUCUGCGGCGCCCCCUGCUCUCUCUCAUCAGCUGAGUGGUCCAUGCUGCAGCCGGGACAUGCUGACAUUCCUCCUAGUGUCUGGUGGCUCCAUCUGGCUGCUUAUGGAGUUUGCCAUAUCCAUACUGGAGAAGAUGCAGGCACAGGAAAUCUUGCGGAGUUUGAGGCUACUGGAGUUUGAUGACUUUAGCAGAUUCUUCCACGGUGUUCCAGCAGCCACAUUUGUGGGAUUAGGUGCCUUUGCUGCAGUCAUCGCGUACUGGUUCGCCAGUCGACCCAAAGCCGUCAAACCACCAUGCAACCUCCUAAUGCAGUCAGAAGAAGUAGAGGGCAGUAAUGGUGCUCGCCAUUCUGUGCUAGGUGACGGCCCACACCUGCUUACACACUACUAUGAUGAUGCAAGGACAAUGUACGAGGUCUUCCAGAGAGGACUACACAUAUCUGAAAAUGGUCCAUGUCUAGGAUCAAGGAAACCCAACCAGCCGUAUGAAUGGCUAUCAUAUAAGGAGGUAUCAGACAGAGCAGAAUGUUUAGGAUCAGGAUUACUACACCAGGGGUGCAAGCCUUCAUCUGACCAGUUCAUUGGGGUUUUUGCACAGAACCGGCCAGAGUGGAUAAUCUCUGAGCUCGCCUGCUAUACAUAUUCCAUGGUAGUCAUUCCUUUGUACGACACUCUAGGUCCUGGUGCCAUCCGCUAUAUUAUUAACACAGCUGAUAUAUCAACAGUAAUAUGUGACAAACCGGAGAAAGUGAAAGUCCUCCUGGAACAUGUGGAGAAAGGAGAGACCCCAGGGCUGAAGUCUGUUGUUAUCAUAGACUCUGUGGAUCAGCAGCUGGUGAAGAGAGGACGGAAUUGUUCUGUGCGCAUUCAGUCUAUGCAAGAACUGGAGGAUUGUGGCAGGAAAAACAGAAGAUCCCCAAUUCCACCUACACCUGAAGAUCUGUCUAUUGUGUGUUUUACUAGUGGCACUACAGGCAAUCCCAAAGGUGCCAUGCUGACCCACGGCAAUGUAGUGGCAGACUUCUCCGGCUUUCUGAAAGUGACAGAGAAAGUGAUAUUUCCGAAACAGGACGAUGUGCUCAUCUCCUUCUUGCCUCUGGCUCACAUGUUUGAGAGAGUAAUACAGAGUCAGUGGUCCCCAACAUCUGAGGAUGUACACAUUUCCUAUUUGCCUUUGGCACACAUGUUUGAGAGAAUGGUGCAGUCGGUGGUGUAUUGUCACGGAGGGCGCAUUGGGUUCUUCCAAGGUGACAUUCGUCUGUUAUCGGAUGACAUGAAGACUUUGCGGCCCACCAUUUUCCCGGUUGUACCAAGACUGUUGAAUAGAAUGUAUGACAAGAUCUUUAGCCAAGCAGAUACACCCAUUAAGCGAUGGAUUCUUGAAUUUGCAUCUCGAAGGAAGGAAGCUGAAGUGCGACGAGGAGUCAUUCGAAAUAACAGUCUGUGGGACAGACUACUCUUUAAUAAAGUGCAGGCCAGCCUUGGGGGACGUGUCAGGAUGAUUGUAACAGGAGCCGCACCUGCAUCUCCCACAGUUCUGGCAUUUCUGCGGGCAGCCCUGGGAUGUCAGGUGUAUGAAGGCUAUGGACAGACAGAAUGUACAGCUGGCUGCACUUUUACCACCCCUGGGGACUGGACAUCAGGUCAUGUUGGUGCACCACUGCCGUGCAAUUAUAUCAAACUAGUCGAUGUGGAGGAGAUGAACUAUUUUUCUUCUAAAGGAGAAGGGGAGAUAUGCGUAAAAGGACCCAAUGUUUUUAAAGGGUACCUUAAAGAUAAAGAGAAGGCGGCAGAAGCCUUAGAUCAGGAUGGCUGGCUUUACACUGGAGACAUUGGAAAGUGGUUACCGAAUGGAACUCUAAAGAUUAUUGACCGGAAAAAGCAUAUAUUUAAACUUGCACAAGGAGAGUACAUAGCACCAGAGAAAAUUGAGAACAUCUAUAUUCGCAGUGAGCCUGUAUCCCAAAUAUAUGUCCAUGGGGACAGUCUGCAAGCCUUUCUAGUUGGCAUUGUUGUCCCAGAUGCGGAAGUGAUGCCAGGAUGGGCAAAGAAGAAAGCUUUUGAAGGGUCAUUUGCUGAACUAUGCAACAAUUUGGAACUAAAAAAAGCAAUAAUGACUGAUAUGGUGAGACUAGGGAAAGAGAGUGGACUCCAUUCAUUUGAGCAGGUGAAAGCAAUUCACAUCCAUAGAGAGAUGUUCACAGUACAGAACGGUUUGUUGACACCAACGCUGAAGGCAAAAAGACCGGAACUCAGAGACUUCUUCAAACAAGAGAUAGAGGAGCUGUACGCGUCUGUGUCUGUGUAACAGAUUGCCAGCACAGCACCUACUGUCAUGCACAUACUGUAGGAUACUAAAUACAGUAUUUUUCUGUUUGGAUUUUAUCUUCUGUAACACAGUCAGUCAGAGUACUGGGAAUGCAUAAAAGCAAUUACAGAGGUUAUUGUUUUACAGCAUUAAUGGUACAGCAGUGUUUUACUGUACAUCAGACUAAAGACUAAUACACAUAGUACAGUAAGUUAACACAGUUCCGAUGAGGACAUUCUUUUUUUCUGGACAGAAAGUAUUUUUAGAAAUAAGUUACUGUUAAAUAACUAAUGUCCGAUUCAUUGCACGAAAUGUAAGACAAACACCACAUUGACCUGUUUUCUGGAUUGCAAGGACAGUGGUGUCCUUUUUCUAUAUAGCAUUAUGCAAAUGCUGUGUAAAAUGUUUAAAUAUUAAAACAAAUAAUAAUUUUCAAUAAAAUAACUAUGAUAAUGAUAUAA